UCUUUCAUUUUUUAUUUUUCCAAGUAAAAGCCCAGUGGCAUCUCUUGCAGUCGCAACAUAUUUUCAUUUUUCGAUCUCCAAGUUCUCCAUACUAUCAGCAUCAUUAGUUGGUCAGUUGGUCUAUUGGCGUGAAAAAUGGGCAGAAAAUUCUUCGUCGGUGGCAACUGGAAAUGCAAUGGGACAACUGAGGAGGUGAAGAAGAUUGUGACCACAUUGAAUGAAGCUGAAGUUCCACCAGAAGAUGAUGUUGAGGUUGUGGUCAGUCCUCCUUAUGUGUUUCUUUCUUUGGUCAAAACUCUAUUGCGGCCUGAUUUCUCUAUUGCUGCCCAAAACUGUUGGGUUCGAAAGGGAGGUGCUUUCACGGGUGAAGUUAGUGCUGAGAUGCUGAUAAAUUUGCGCAUUCCCUGGGUCAUCCUCGGUCAUUCUGAAAGAAGACAACUACUGAAUGAAUCAGAUGAUUUUGUAGGGGAUAAAGUUGGAUACGCCCUUCUCCAAGGCUUAAAAGUUAUUGCUUGUGUUGGGGAGACUCUUGAACAGCGAGAAGCUGGGGCUACAAUGAAAGUAGUUGCUUCUCAAACAAAAUCAAUUGCUGAAAAGGUCUCAAAUUGGUCCAGCGUCGUUUUAGCUUAUGAGCCCGUUUGGGCCAUUGGUACCGGAAAGGUUGCCACUCCUGCUCAGGCUCAAGAAGUCCAUUCUGAACUGAGGAAAUGGCUUCAUGACAAUGUUAGCCCUCAAGUUGCUGCUUCAACUAGGAUCAUCUAUGGAGGUUCUGUGAGUGGAGCAAAUUGCAAAGAGUUGGCAACAAAGCCUGAUGUGGAUGGUUUUUUGGUUGGUGGAGCUUCUCUUAAGGCUGAGUUCGUUGAGAUAAUCAAGUCCGCCGCUCAGAAGCAAAAUGCUUGAAGACGAUUGCUUUUAUCGAUACCCCCGCUUUUAGAUAUGGUUGUGGUUGCCAUUGUGAUAUUCCGGGUCUAACUUUAUAAAAUUGUUCGAAUGCAUGUACCUCAUGGAUGUAGUAUAAGAUUCAGUUCCAAACUUCUUAUUUGGAAUAAACAUGGGAUGAUAAGAACUUUUUGCGUAUAAAAAAUCCAAGUUUAUUAAACAAAUAUCCCCUCCGUCCCGGUGGACUUUGGCAAGUGUAAAGUAGGUCAG